UUCAUUUCUUGUUAUCUCCUCCGAACUCUAGGUUAGAGAGAUCAAAAUUUUCUGCCAAAAUUAGUCUCCUUUUGGUCUUAAUCAGAGAUUUUACUUUCCUUUCUAUCAUAUUCUCUCGUCAUCUCCUUUUUUUUAUCUCGUUAUUUCCUUUCUCUCGUAUUCUCUAGAGAGAUUUCAGCCAAAUAUUGUGUCUCCUGUUGGUACAAAUUCAGAAUGGAAUCAAUGGAUUAUUAUACGAUUUGCAAAAUUGAAAUCCUUUUUAAUCAUAAUGCAACCGCCUUCUUUAUUUAUAGGGUUGAAUCCAUUCAGUAUCUACUGUUAAUUUAUUUUGGAGAAGAAGGGGCUGAUAAAACUGUUUGUGAUUUUUCUCUAAUUUGAAGCAUGGAUGUUUCUGAUUUGGUUGAAACAACACCCACUUCAAAUGUUACAGACUCACAAUUACCAUCCCCUGCUACCGGUGGAACUAAAAAAAGAAAACUAACGUCUAUAGUAUGGAAAGGUUUUGAACAAAUUGAAGAAGUGGAUCCAGAUGAUCCACAAAAGAUAAAGAGGUUGAAGCUUGCACAGUGCAAGAUAUGUGACCGAAAGUUUUCGGGGGAUCCGAAAGCAGGCACUUCUCAUCUCAAAAGGCACAUGGACAGCUGUUUGAAAAAGAACCAAUCUGCUGAUGAAACACAGACAUUAAUAGCUCCAAUUGGGUCAGGUACUUUUACUGCAUUUCGAUUCUGUCAAGCAAGAGCUAGAAAGAACAUUAUAAAGUUGAUUAUUUUGAGGGAGUUGCCAUUUCAGUUCGUAGAAGAUCCAUUUUUCCAAUGGUUUAUAAACGAUAGUUUUCACCCUCGAUUUGUGAAAUUUUCUCGAGCCACUGUUAGGCGUGAUAGUUUAAAUUUUUUUGAAAUGGAAAAACAAGUUUUAAAGAGAACUUUAUUAGAGGCACCUGGAAAAAUAUAUUUGACAUCAGAUUUGUGGUUGUCGUGUCAGAAGCUAAGUUACAUGUCUAUCACUGCUCACUUUUUAGACAAAAAUUGGGUCUUGCAUAAAAGGAUAAUUUUUUUUACUUUAGUUGACAAGUCCCACACUGGAGAACAUAUUUCUGAGUUACUUAUUCAGAAACUUUCCAAUGAUUGGGGGAUUUCUAUGAAGAUUUUCUCAUUAUCCUUGGAUAACGCUAGUGCAAAUACUGUUUCAGUUCAACGGAUAAAAGUGAUGCUGCCUGACUUGCCAUCUAAAGGAGAUCUAUUUCACAGUGUUCUGCAGAAGCAAGAAGAGACAAUCUCCGACGACGAAGAUGACUCCUUUUGGCAAUCCCGAAGUCAGAAUAGGAGGGAUCCCCUUUCUUCAGCAUCAGAAGAACUGACGAGAUACUUCGCAUAUCCAGAACCAGCAACUUUUGAAGAUAUGAAGAAUUUUGACAUAUUGGGUUGGUGGAAAGCUAAUGAAAAACGAUAUCCAGUUCUUUCUUGCAUUGCACGAGAUGUACUAGCAGUCCCUGUCUCCACAGUUGCUUCUGAAUCUGCGUUUUCUCUUGGAAAGCGUGUAUUGAGUGAUUAUCGCAGUAGCUUAACACCGCAAAUGUUGGAAUGUUGUGUGUUUCUAAAAGAUUGGUGGAAAGCUGAACUGAAAAAUCGUAUGAUGACACUAGAUCCACUAAACGACGAUAUUACUCCAGUUGAUGAUGAGAAUGAUGUCUCUGAAUCAUCAUGUGUCUCUUUAAGGUAGACGGUAGAGAAUCUGAAGUCAUGUGGUGUAAGUAUUGAUUCUGAUGAAGAGCUAGACAAAGAGGAAUAAAGUUUUUAUUCAUUUCAUUGUUUUUAUUAGUAAGAUGAAAUAAAGUUUUGGAGUAGUAGUGUUAUGAAUUUGUUUGAU